GGGGCGCGAGGAGCCGCGGCGGGCGCGGCGGCGGCGGGCGAUGCGGGCGGCUGCGGGUACCCGGCGGGCUCCGCUCGGCCGCCGCCGCCUUCUUCGGCUCCGCCGCGGGGGUCGCAGCCGGUGCCGCGCCGUCCUCGAGCUCCCGGCGUGAGGAGGCGGCGGGCAGAGAGAAGCAUCGCGCUCCAGGCGGAGACCCAGAGGCAGCCCCGCGCCCGGCCUCGCUCACUGCUAUGGACAGUGCGAUCACCCUGUGGCAGUUCCUCCUUCAGCUCCUACAGGAGCCUCAGAACAAGCACGUGAUCAGCUGGACCUCUAAUGAUGGGGAGUUCAAGCUCUUGCAGGCAGAAGAGGUGGCUCGUCUCUGGGGGAUCCGUAAGAACAAGCCUAAUAUGAAUUACGACAAACUCAGCCGAGCUCUCAGAUACUAUUAUGUAAAGAAUAUCAUUAAAAAAGUGAAUGGUCAGAAGUUUGUGUACAAGUUUGUGUCUUACCCAGAGAUUUUGAAAAUGGACCCCCUGACCGUGGGCAGGACCGAGGGAGACUGUGAGGUCGUGAGCUGCAGCGAGGUGGGCAGCGGCUCCAGGGACACCGAGAGCGGGGGCAGAGAGAAGCCCCUGCAGCCCGGGGCCCGGGCCUCUAGCCGCAAUGACUACAUCCACUCCGGCUUGUAUUCUUCCUUCACGCUCAACUCUUUGAACUCCUCUAACAAGAAGCUCUUCAGACCUAUAAAGAUCGAGAGUCCGGCUGAGAAGCUGGCAGAGAAGAAGCCGCCCCAGGAGCCAACACCGUCUGUCAUCAGAUUUGUAACAACGCCUUCCAAGAAGCUUCCAGUUGAACCUGUUGCUGCCACCGCGUCGGCCAGCCCGGGCAUUUCUCCGUCUUCGGAAGACCCUCUCCGAGCCUUGGAGACUUUGGCUUCCCCCAGACUGCCCGCCCUGGAAGCCCCGGCCUCUGCCCCCAGCGGCCCCGCCACCUUUUCCACAUCCCCUGGGCCCUCGGCCUCCCCUUCUGUGCAGGAGCCCCCGAGGACACCUUCGCCACCACUGAGUCCGCACCCUGACCUUGACACCGACCUCGAGUCAGUGGCGUCACAGCCCAUGGAGCUUCCAGAGAACUUGUCACUAGAACCUAAAGACCAGGAUUCGGCUUUGCUGGAAAAGGACAAAACAAGUAAUUCCUCAAGAUCCAAGAAACCCAAAGGGUUAGAGCUGGCGCCCAUCCUGGUGAUCACGGGCAGCGACCCGAGCCCGCUGGGGAUACUGAGCCCGUCUCUCCCCACGGCUUCUCUGACACCAGCCCUUUUCUCACAGACGCCCAUCUUGCUGACGCCCAGCCCCUUGCUCUCCAGCAUCCACUUCUGGAGCACUCUCAGCCCCGUCGCUCCCCUGAGUCCAGCCAGACUGCAAGGUGCUAACACACUCUUCCAGUUUCCUUCUGUACUGAACAGUCAUGGACCGUUCACUGUGUCUGGCCUGGAUGGACCACCCACCCCCGGCCCAUUUUCCCCAGAUUUACAGAAAACAUAACCUAUGCACUUGUGGAAUGAGAGAACCGAGGAAUAAAGAAACAGAGAGACAUUCAACAUGAUUACCUUUGAAGUGAGCGGUUAAUAGUUCUACAAUGCUAAUAAUAGACUAUUGUGAUUUUUGCCAUUCCCCAUUGAAAUGCCUUUUUAAGAUUCCCUUUGAAUAUGACUCAAGUUGGACUGUAUAUAAAAAUGCCUUAAUUGGAGUCCAAGCUCCACCUCCCUCUUCCUUCCUUCACUCCUUCCUUCCUUCCUUUCUUUCUAAUAUUUUGAGCUUUGUGUUAAAUUUUUGGUGGGGUUUAGCAGCUAGCUAUGGUUCGCAAGAGCAGUUAAGGACAACGUUACUCCUUCUGCCUUAUUGGGACCCUUUGGCCAGGAAAACAGUUAUGCUUUGCGUGUAUUAUUUGGAGAAAUGUUAACCGCAGUUGGCCGUAUCUUCAGGACUAAGUGUGUUCUGUGGAAAAACAAAAAGUGAGCUGUGCACAAGCAGUGAAGGAAAAGCAGUCACGCCUGUCCACGCACACUAAAAUCGGAGCAGUGCUAUGGGAGAGAUUCUGUCUGGCUUGAAGAGUAACGUAUGUAAGCGAUCCUCCGCAGGAAAGACCUCUUGUAUCGCGGUGGGUUUCUCAGCUGCAUGUGUGAUCUUGUCUCAACCUGUGAACAGAGCGCGGAGCCUAGUCUGUUGCGACAUAGGAAGGUGCUUUAAACCUGGGGUUUAAGAUGGUAUUUGCAACAACCGGUGAGAGCAGGGGCCCGCCUCUAGCGGAUGAUUACACCCCCGUGGUACACAGCCUGGUAAGUGAUGGCUUUUAGGAGGAAACCGGGUUUUGAAAUCCGGAGGCAUCUCUGAGUAAAACGUUCAGCUGGAUGACUUGAAACAGCACACGGGGCUGUCCCGGUUAGAAGAGAUUUUCUCUUUUCUGUUCGUCUUACCCUAUUUUCGACUGCCACAUUUACCUUCUUUUAAACUUCAGGUUGUUAGGGGCUGUGCUAGUUUUAAAGAUGUGGUGAGGAAGACGCAAAGCAAGGCGAAGCCUCCGAGUCUGCGGUGAGGUAAAGGUGUGCUUAUUUCUCUGGCAAAGUGUUUUUUAGUGAGAGAGCAGCAGAAUUGGUUUGGAAAUGCUCAUACGCAGGGAUUGCAUUGUUCACGUCAGUAGGGAGAGGCGGAGGCCUUCCUCUCUCUGUUACCACAUUGAGAAACUUUCACCGCACGGUGAUCAGUGCAGAGGAGGACGAUGCUCUGGAGCCUCCAGACUGAAUCGAUACCAACAUCGCAGCGGAAUCGGUGAAAACCGUGGCUUUUGAAGUCUAGGAUUAGGGGUGCCCGGGUGGCUCAGUUGGUUAAGCUACCGCCUUCUGCUCAGGUCAUGAUCCCGGGGUCCUGGGAUCGAGUCCCGCAUCGGGCUCCCUGCUCACAGCGGGGAGUCUGCUGCUCCCUUUGCUUGUGUGCUCUCCCUCUCUCUCUCUCUCUCUCUCUGACAAAUAAAUAAAUAAAAUCUUCAAAAAAAAAAUUAAAAAAAUAGAGCCUAGGAUUAGAUUAUAUGCCCCGGCUACCACCACAACACUGCCCGUUAACCUCAUCUUUUAACUCUAGAAACAGUUCAUUGAGUCCCAUAAACUAAGUGGAAAGAGGGAGUAAGGAUUGGAGAGCUCAGAAUGACACUGAGACAAACCAGCAUCUUCCCAAUGUAUAAUACUCACUUUAAAUACAUUUCUGUACCUUGUAGAGACGCUGUAGUGUUAGACAGCCGAGCUAGGUUAGUGGUAGUGGAGGGACGUAUUCAGGGAGCUGUCUUUCUGUUUGUAGCAUCAGAGACCCGUUAGUGGUUCACGUGUGGUCGCCAGCUGCCAUCUGUUCUUGCGGGGUUCCAGAGCUCUGGGGAGCAGACGGUGGGACUUGUCUCCCACACCGAGUCACUUACUUCUCACGCUUGUUUGAAAGCAGACCUCUCAGCAGCACUUUGGAAUAGUUUUAUUAGACUAAUGACUAUUUUGUACUUUAAGUGUAAGUAUUGAUGGCUUGAUUUAACUUGAUAUUUUCAAUUUUGAAAGCACAAAAAUAUUUUAUCUUUUUGAAGUAAAGGAGAAAAGCCAUUGGUUGUUUUCGUAGACAAUAGCUUUGAAGCUUAACUAUCUCAGCACAGGGGUGCCUGGGAACCAAGGGCACCAUUAAAACUCAGUCACAGCACCUUCCUGGGAACCAGUUUUAGUGAGUCCGCUGUCUGUAAACCUACUCUGGAAGCCUCCAAGAGGUGUGGGCCUCAGGAGACGGAUGAUCUGCUUUCUGUUUGAGAUCAACUGACGUGGAAAGUGUGGGGUGUUUGUGUGUGUGUGUGUGUUUCCUUUUCUAAAUGAAAGUUUACAACUUGAGCUCAAGCGUAUGAGGCAGACCGUUCUGUUUGUAAACUACCUCCUUCCUGGAAAAGUCUCAGCUUCAUGUUUUUUUUUUUUAAUGUCCAGGGUCGUUCUUAGCAUCAAAAGGUGACCUACUACUUAAGAUCAAUAUUCACUGGGCAGCCUUCUGUUUGGUGUCUGUGGCUGUAUCCCAAAAGUAGCCCAAGUUAAGGUAAAGGAGCAGAUCGAAUGAGUUCCUGAGACAUCUGGGAUCAUCUGAGCUUUUCAUCUACUCUGGCCCAUAUCUACUCAUUUGUAGGCUGGGAAAUGUUUAACAACCAGGCUCUCUGAAGGGAAAGAAAAAAGUCCAUAAAUUGUAGCAUUUGCUGAUUUCCAUGAUGUAAAUGACUCCCCCUUUGGCUGAUUUUAAGCCACUGCCUUAGUGUUGAGAAGGGAUGAACACAGAGCCGCACACGCAGCCGGCGGCUGCCUCAUUUAUUCCAUCCCAGGGUGGAUUUUCACAUAAAUUCUAAAAUCUUUUUUUUUCUUAUUCAUAUGCUGAUUUUUUAAAAUACAAAAUUAAAAUAAUAUGUCUAACUUCAGUAAUCUUUUUUUUUUUUUAAUGGCUUAUCAGUGCUUUUGUGAUGUAAUAUUCCUCAUGGCAUAUUUUAUGUGUUCUAACAAAGGUGAAAACUUCCAUUGAUUUUUAAAAAUAAAUACACGGGAAUAAUCCAGAAUUCUCAAAAAGUCAACAUAAGGGUCUUAGAAUUAAAAUAUAGGUUUAAUUUUUCCACAUUUUGAUGAUUAAAUUAUGAGUAUAAAUUUCUUCUUCAGAUGUUGUUGGGGAAAGUAAGCCCAUGAGCCCGUAUCUACACGGUGAAAGGGUACUGGAUUUUUUUUUAACUGGAAGAACUCCUUGACAAUGUACAUACAGUUUUAGAGAUCCAAAAAGGCCAGGUCUGUUGAAUCUACUCACCUGGCCCAAUUUCUAGUUUUUUCCAUACUGUGUGUCACUUGGGCUUGGAGGGGAACGGAAGCCAGAGGCUGGGGAUGCUGUGGCCGGCACAGCAGGCUCUUGGUCCUCUGACUGCAGGCCCGCCCCGUUGGGUGAGGUCUGGCCUGGUAACCUUGUUUCAUCCCGAUCUCAGAAUAUUUGUUAGGAUUACAAAGUUCUAAAGGCAGUUGUGUAGGUUUUUCAGGAAGGUAAGCACCUGGAAGCACCCCCUGGCAUUUCAGAAAAGCAGUCUCCUGCCUUUCCGAACACACACCUUACUCAGUAAAAGUUUUUGAACACGUUUCCUAUUGCAAAAUCCUGUGUGUAUAAAUUAAGUUGUAAACUACUGUGUGAAAGUCACAUGUACAUCGUAAGACAUACACAAAAGUCAGAAUUAAGGAUGGUAUAAAAAGGAAAUCUUGACUGGAAGCUCUAGUAUUUUCUUCUUGCCCCCAGGAGAUCGUCUUGUGCGCCUUCUGGCAGCUCGCAGUCCCCACCUUACAGACCACUGCCUCGGGGUAUCAUUUACAGUCUGAUCUUGAAAACAAAAGGUGGAUGCUUUUGUUGUGUGAUACACAGAGAAGUCCUUUACACGUUUGAUUUGAUUUUCAUGUCAAAUCUCUAGAAGUUCAAUUUGGAAAUCUUCAGGAAAUCUUCAAUUUGUCUUCAGCUUCCUGAAAUUUUACAUUAAUUCUUUUUUCCUGCAUAAGCCAUUACCAAGCUUUAUGCAUAGUAUUUUUGACAGCCUGUUUCUUUUCUCUCCCGAUUAGGUAGGACUUUUGUUUUAUUAGUCUGCUUACAAACUUUUGGCCUUAUUAAUGUUCUGUUUCACCAACAAAUUCUCAAUUACUUUAAGUUGCUUUAUGCAGAACUAUAUAACCACCUCCAUUUCCUUGCUGCAUUCAUAAGUUUUGAUUUUUGAUUUUUUGAAACAUUUCAGCAUCUGAAGAAUUACUUUCCUUAAUGGGCCAGCGCUACUGACCAUUUCACUAACUCGUAUAUAUUUUAGUUAUCCAGACCCGAAAUCUAGACUUGUGCGCAGGCGCCGCUCUUGGGCAUGUAGACCAGCCUGUAGACUAGAGCAGGUGUCUUUGGCCGGAAACCUGGAGCUCCGAGUGAAUUACCAAACCAACGGGAAAGUUAGAAAGAUUAUGGAGCUGAGAAGUUAAUUGUUCACCCCACAGUAGGGAAGUGGAGGUCAACAUUAAUUAUCUUUCUUCAGCCGGUACCCUGACCAGAGAAUGGGGCCUGUGGAAAACAUUUCAUGAAUUAUCUUCUUGGUUUUGGGUCAACAGAUGUUGGUUUCAGUGCGGCAGGCCUUACCUGUAACGAGGAGCCCCGCUACCCCUCUUAGGUCAUCAGAAUUUUGCUUACUGCAGUUUGAAGUUUUAAUCUUAGAAUCUAGAAGUCUUGUGGGUGAUAGACUAUUAAGCAAGAGAAGGAGGCAGUUGGAUUGCAUUUCUCGUACUUGGCGGAACCUGUUAGCACAAAAGUCCUGUUUUGACGUGUAAACAGAGUAGUCUGAAAGGUGAGUUGUUGAUGUGGUUUACGUGUUCCAUUUAAAGCUGCCAGUUUCUUCAGGCUUUCCUGGGG